UAAGUGGAAAAAGUGAUUUGGUUUCAAUUAACUGAGAGAAGAAUUAAAGCAUUUAUGAGAUGUUCCACUAACUGGAUGAAAGACGAGAGGAAGAGGGAGGAACAGGAGGCGACAAAGGAGGGAGGACCGAGAGGAGGAGAAAGUGAGAGAACCCACGGAGCCCGACGUUCCUCAGCAGUCACUCCACAGCGCGUUCUUCUGGAGGAACACGGAACUCAGGCAGAUUCACCAAACUGACCUUGUGUGGUCUGAAGUGCUCUGAUCUGCCUUCACUCCAAAGCUGAUUCACUGUCGCUCUGGAAAUCACACACACCGUUUCCAAAUGGCCUUUUAAGGUUGUAAAAUCCCCUCUGAGGCUCCGUGAGGGUUCUGCAGGGUCCGAAGCCUCCUCCAGAACCACAGUGGUUUGAGUUGGACCACAGCGAUGGUGAUGGGUCCACGCCUGCCUUGGCUGAAGGGCUCCAGGCCCGGUUCCGGGGCUCCCUGGACCCCGCUGGCUGUGCUGCUGCUCUGCUGUCUGGGCGUCUGCGCUCCUGUCGACUGCCACCGCAACCUGUCCACGCACUCGGCUCUGGACCCGUCCUCCUCCAACUCGUCCCGGGAGCCGGGCGUGCGUCUGGUGUCUCUGCCUCCCUGCCAGAAGGACACCUCCAUCCAAGACGCAUUCAAGUACAUCAACACCGUGAUGUCCUGCCUGAUCUUCGCUGUGGGGGUCAUUGGGAACGCCACCCUGCUGAGGAUCAUCUACCUCAACAAGAGCAUGAGGAACGGCCCCAACGCGCUCAUCGCCAGCCUGGCGCUGGGAGACCUCAUGUACGUCGCCAUCGACAUUCCCAUCAACCUCUACAAGCUGCUGGCAGGACGCUGGCCGUUCGCACACACGGCCUUUGGCCUGUUCCUCUGCAAACUGUUCCCCUUCCUGCAGAAAGCCUCAGUGGGCAUCACCGUCCUCAACCUGUGUGUCCUGAGCGUGGACAGGUAUCGUGCGGUGGCCUCCUGGUCGCGGGUGCAGGGGACGGGCGUUCCCACGGUAACGGUGGUGGAGAUCGCCGUGAUCUGGGUGCUGUCUGCGGUGCUGGCUGUGCCGGAGGCCAUCGGCUUCAACAUGGUCGACUUCGAGUACAAGAACGCGACCAUGACGACCUGCAUGCUGCAGCCGACGACGCCCUUCAUGACUUUCUACCGGGACGCGAAGGACUGGUGGCUGUUCGGCUUCUACUUCUGCGUUCCUCUGGCCUGCUCCGCCUUCUUCUACGGCCUGAUGACCUGCGAGAUGCUCAGACACGAGAAGGGCAGCCUGCGCCUCUCGCUGAGCGAACACCUGAAGCAGCGCAGGGAAGUGGCCAAAGCCGUGUUCUGCCUGGUGCUGAUAUUCGCCCUGUGCUGGUUCCCGCUGCACCUGAGCCGGCUGCUGAAGAGGACCAGCUACAAGCCGCACGACGCACAUCGCUGUGAACUGUUAAAUUUUCUGUUGGUGUUGGAUUAUUUCAGCCUGAACAUGGCAACAAUCAACUCCUGCAUCAAUCCCAUAAUCCUCUACUUCGUCUCCAAGAAGUUCAAAACCUGUUUCAAGUCCUGUCUAUGCUGUUGGUGUUAUUCUGGCUCUCUGUCUAACAGCCUGCUGCCCCUCCACCAUGGGACCAGCCUGCAGUACAAACACACUGAGCACUGAGGGCCAGAGUCUCCAUCAAACUCAGGAAGGACGGGCAACACAGACACAGUGAACCAACAGUAUGUGAACAUUCUGAAACUCACAGCUAUAAAAAGCAGGACCAAAAAAUGCUUGUGAGAAAACAUUUCAUUCAUUCAUUAUAAAACCUGUUUAUAAUUUAAUUAUUUUGUUUUAAAUUAUAGUCAAUGCAUUUCAUAUUGGAUUAUAUAAAUAUAUAUUUUGCUGUUGCUCUCUGUGUCAGAUGAUACAGCAGCUGCGAAUUCUACAAACGAUGGUGGUAUUUAAAUAUUUAGACUCAGCAGUAUUUGAUUUUGUGAUAUUUUAUGUGCUUUUUUGUGGUUUUAAUAAGUUACUGUAUAUAUUUUAACAUUAAUCAAUAAAGUUAC